AUGGCCCCCGAGGGCCGGGAGCUGCUGGAGAGGCAUGUCCUGAAGAAGCGGCUGCAGCACGAAUGGGGCCUGCGGGGCCUGGUGCGGCGAUCGCUGAGGUGUUUCAUGCCACCCCUGCCUACGCGCCCCAGGCCCAAGGGGAGCGACCGGCCGGCAGCCAUGGAGCUCCGUGUCAGCAGCGGGGCCCCUCCCAUCCCUCUGGCCACCAAGAGGGAGCUGGAAGCCCACAUCCGGCGGAGGGUGGCCGAGAGGAGGUGGGGGCUCCCCAGGAGGGUGCAGGAGUCCCUGCAGGGCUUCAUGCCCCCCACGACCGCAGCUCCGGGGACACAUCCAAACACGCAAGGCAGAAGGGCCAGCCAGCCGCUCAGGGGGCUGUCAGCGAGAAGGGCUCCAAAAGAAUCACCCUCCAGGGCAGCACCUGUGGGCCCCACAGCGGUGGCUGUCUCCUUAGCCAGGCCCCUGGGAACUGCAUGGCGCCAGCAGCUCAGACGGGACACGUGCCACCAGCUGCUGGAGAGACAUGUGACCAGGAAAAACAUAGAGAUCCGUCUGGGCCUGAUCCCCCGCAGGGCCCAACAGUCACAGGAAGCCGCCCGCCGGGUGGGAAAGCUCCCCUUGCCCCGGCUGAUUCGGCCGGGCCAGAGAUCCCUGGAGCUGCGGCCCCGGGAGCUGUUCUUCCUGGAGCAGGCGGCCUCGGAUCACCUGGAGCUCAACCUUCUCCACAAGCACCUGAGCUUCAGGUGGGGGCUGCCCACGCUCUACCGACAGUCCCUGGCCAAGCUGUUCCACGCAGGCCCCUCGCCCGCCCCGCCGCCCUCCAGCUCCCGCGCAGCUGGGACCGAGUUCACGGAGCAGGAGCUGCCCUUCCUCCCACCGGGAGCCCGGGAGGAGCUGGAGCUGCACGUGAGGAAGAAGAGGCUGCAGCACGAGUGGGGGCUGCCUCUGAUCAUCCACAAAUCCAUGCGGGGCCUGAUCGCGGCUCCCCCCGGCCCUGACCAGCCCAAGGCCCCUCCGCCAGCCGACGGGGACGUGGCCAUUCUCCAGCCCGAGCUGUCCUUCCUCAGAGAGGGCAGCAGACGAGAGCUGGAGCUCAGCCUCCGCAAGAGACUCAUGCACCGGCGCUGGGGGCUUCCCAGGAGGAUCCAGGAGUCGGUGCGGCUGCUCCAGCCUGCCUCAGCCCCUGCGGAGUUCAGGCCUCGCAGCCGUACAGAAAAGGAUACAGAAGGGACUUUCCUGCUGCCCUGGCACAAGAGCACCGUGCACCUGGAGCGGGGCGUGGGGAAAGCCAGGAGAGUGGUCGCUGCUCCCCACCAGCGGCUCAGCCUGGGACGUGACGCUCAGGAGCGGCUGCAGAUCCAUGUGGCAAAGAAAUGUGUGGAGAUCCGGCUGGGGGCCGUCCCCGCUGCAGUGAGACGCUCUUGGCAAAGGCUGCAUCUCGUAUCCCGGCUGCCCCUCCCCAAGCUGAUCCCUGCUGGGGACAGGGCCCCGAAAGCCAGGAACCCCCUGCUGCCCUUCGUGCACUCAGAGGACGUCUGCCACCUAGAGCUGAAUGUGCAGCACAAACAUCUCACGGCCCUGUGGGGCCUGGGCACUCUCUACACCCAGUCCCUCAGCAGGAUGGUCCCCAGGGCGCCCCCUGGGCUGGUUCCACCCCGUGAGGCUGAAGUCGAGUUCUGGGCACGGGAGGCUCUGUUCCUGGGCCCGGAGGCCAGAGAGGCCCUCGAGCUGCACGUGAGGAAGAAGAGGCUGCAGCACGAGUGGGGGCUGCCUCUCAUAUCCACAAAUCCAUGCGGAGCCUGA